AUGAAGAGCAGUGGCCUCUCAUUCGAUAUUCUCAGAAAUAAGAUCAACAGGGCUGCUGUGAGAAGACUCACUGCCGUGGGACCUAGCAAGCGCAGGAACAAGCAUAUUACAGCGGCUGACAUCGACAUCCUAGAGAAGAUCAAAGAAAAUACCCCUGUCUCAUACCGGCUCUUUGUUGCUGUCUUUUUCUCCUUCAACCGCUGA